CUCCAACUGCCGCCGUCUCCGGUUCCCACGCCGGCACUCGCACUCGCCGCCGCGACGCGCGCUCGUCCACCACCUAAUCUAGGCUCUUCUUCCCCCCACCCUCUCUCUCCCCAUGCCUCCGUCUCCACCCGCCAAUGCACGCGAUCCCCACCACCACCACGGGAGCAGCCUCCUCCUCCUCCUGACCCGACCGGCGAACCGGAUCGCGAAGCGAUGCAGCCCACCACCCCGGUCUCCGCCGGCCGCGCGGGAAACUCCCCGAAGAACUUGCGCCGGCGGGGCCCGUCGGCGCCGUCCAUCCCGAGCGCCCGCUGGACGCGCACAACCUUCCGGGAGGACGUCGGCCACGCCGCCGCCGAGACCUACCUCGUCUCGCGCCUCGCCUUCAUCCUCCUCCGCUCCCUCGGGGUAGGUUAUCGGUGGAUAUGUCAACUUGUUGCCCUCCUAAUAUAUGCAGUUUUACUUAUGCCUGGCUUCAUAAAAGUUGGGCAAUAUUAUUUCUUUUCAAGUCAGGUUCUUCGGAGUGUUGUCUAUGGAAAUCAACCAAGAAAUAGGUUGGAUCUGUACAUACCCAAAGAUCACAGCAAACCCCAUCCAGUUGUGGCAUUUGUAACUGGUGGAGCAUGGAUCAUUGGUUACAAGGCAUGGGGUGCUCUGCUUGGAAGGCGGUUAGCAGAGAGAGGAAUUAUGGUCGCUUGCAUUGAUUACAGAAAUUUCCCUCAAGGAACAAUAGGUGACAUGGUCACUGAUGCUUCUGAGGGAAUCGCGUUUAUUUGUGAAAGUAUUGCAAGCUUUGGAGGAGAUCCUAAUCAGAUCUAUUUGAUGGGUCAAUCAGCAGGAGCACAUAUUGCAGCAUGCUCUCUCUUGGAGCAAGCAGUUAAAGAAUCUAAAGGAGAAGAAAUUUAUUGGAGUGUUACUCAAAUAAAAGGAUAUUUUGGUUUAUCUGGAGGAUACAACGUCCAAAAUUUGGUCGAUCAUUUUCAUGAACGUGGUCUUUACCGUUCAAUUUUUCUGAGCAUAAUGGAGGGACGAAGAUCAUUGGCAGAUUUCUCUCCUGAAAUUGUCGCCAAGAAAUUAAGUCCUGAGGCCAUUGCUCUACUUCCUCAGGUUGUACUUUUUCAUGGAACUGGAGAUUACUCUAUACCAUCCUCUGCUAGUGAAACUUUUGCUGAUGUGCUUAAACAAGCUGGUGCUAAAGCCAGGCUACAACUGUACAAAGGAAAAACACAUACUGAUGUAUUUGUACAGGACCCACUUAGGGGUGGCAAGGACCCACUGGUUGAAGAUGUCGUUUCUAUUAUCCAAGCUGAUGAUCCAGCUGCACGCGAGAAGUAUGAUUCAGGACCUCUCCCUGAGCGCCUUGUUUCUGAGUGGCAGAUAAUGUUAGCCCGUCAAAUUAGCCCAUUUUGAACAGAUAGAUUAUUUUCCAAGCCCAUUUGCCUGGUAUUAUUUAACAUGCAUGCAUGCACAAGAAUAUGGAAGAUGUAAGCAUUCGUGCGUGUAUGUGUAUUAUAACUGCAUGAGCUCCAGAAGACUUAUAAGAGUUUGAUUAUACGAGAAAAUGGAGCUCUCAAGCACACCUUAUACCAAGCAAAUGGAGCUUUAAGCACGCCCUUUUGCAGCAUGUUAGCACUGAGAAAAUUAUAGUGUUGUGGUAGGCAAAUAGCAAAGCAGAUUUUUUGUGAACAUACGUAUAUAUAGAUUUCAUAUAUGCACCUCUCUGAGAGUUCGUGAACCCGAAACAAUAUUCAAAGAAAUUAAUGGUACUACAAAAAUUGAUAAUCUAGGUAUAUACACACUGCUUUCGUACAGAUGUUAUUGUACUGUGAUUCCCCUUGUUCCCAAGAGUUUGAUUUAUGCA